AAGAACCUAAGCAAUACAAGUUUGACUAUUCUAACAAUGAAAUCUCCGGUCAUAAGAUUCAUCUCAGACAGCUCCGUCAAGCCGGAGUUCAUCUCCGACGAGUCCAAACAACCACUUUACUUCUCUCAAUGGGAUCUAGCCAUGCUCUCCGUUCUAUACAUCCAAAAAGGUCUCCUUUUUCGCAAACCCACUUCAAUGUCAGACGAAAAUCUUCAAUCUUUUCUUCAAAAACUCAAGAAAUCUCUCUCUUUAACCCUAGUCCAUUUCUACCCACUCGCCGGACGUUUAGUUACAAUCAAACAACAAAAUCCCCAUCUUUAUUCCGUCUAUGUCGAUUGUAACAACAGCUCCGGCGCUAGAUUUCUUCACGCCGCCGUUGAUUUGACCAUUGAAGAUGUUCUUUCUCCGAAAGAUGUCCCACUUAUAGUACAAUCGUUCUUUGAUCAUGAUAGAGCGAUUAAUCACGACGGCCAUGUUAGGCCAUUGUUGACUAUACAGGUGACGGAAUUGAUUGAUGGGAUCUUCAUUGGCUGUUCGAUUAAUCAUGCACUUGCUGAUGGUACAUCGUAUUGGCAUUUUUUCAAUACCUUUUCUGAGAUUUUCAAUAAUAUGGAAAAGGGUAGUUCUGAAAACUCUAUUUCCCGGCCGCCGGAUUUCAAACGAUGGUUUCCGGCCGGACAUGGUCCGAUUCUUAGCUUACCGUAUACCCAUCACGACGAAUUCACAUUCCGUAUCGAAUCACCUGUUUUAAGAGAAAGAAUCUUUCAUUUCUCAGUUGAAUCAUUAGCUAAUCUGAAAUCAAAAGCAAACAAAGAAUCCAAACCAAAUGUCGCCGGAAAAAUCUCUUCUUUACAGGCUUUAUCUGCUCUUAUGUGGCGGUGCAUUACCCGGGCACGGCAAAUGGAGGAUGAUCGUAAAACCAGCUGCCGACUAGCACUCAAUGCUCGAACUAGGCUUCAACCGCCAUUGUCGGGGAAUUAUUUUGGGAAUUGUAUACAAGCGGUGCCGGGGACGACCACCGCCGGCGAAUUGCUCCGGCAAAGCUUGGGGUUGACGGCUGGAUUGCUUCAUGAGGCUGUGGCUGGACAGACAGAUGAGGUAUUGAGGGAUUGGGUGGAUGCGUGGAUAAGAAAACCGGCUAUAUAUAAUUUGAGUGUUUUUGACCCGGAUAGUGUAAUGAUGGGUAGUUCGCCCCGUUUUGAUAUGUAUGGAAAUGAAUUCGGGUUAGGAAAAGCUCUUGCUGUUCGGAGCGGUUAUGCCCAUAAGUUUGAUGGUAAAGUUACGUUGUACCCGGGUCGUGAAGGUGGAGGAAGUAUGGAUCUUGAGGUAACCCUUUUGCCCGAUUUUAUGGGUCGACUUGAAUCCGACCCGGAGUUCUUGAAGGCUAUGUGUAAUGGGAAUUGAUUAUAAGUAAAAAUAAGCUUGUUGUUUUUAAAUCAUGAGAUUCCAACUUUGAAUUAAAAUAAGGUUAAUCUUACUCCAAUUGUGUUUUAAUGUUGAAAAGUUUAUCUUUUGUUCUUUCUUAUAGAGAUUUGAGUUAUGUUAUGGAAGUAUUUGAUUAUUUU